AUGGUUCUCAUUCUCCUCCCUGUAGUCUCCGCGUUCAUUGGUAAUUGCCUCGGCGCGAAUGCACUCAGUUGUUUCCACGACGUACCUGGGCAUGGCCCCAUCAACCCCUCCACAGCCACAGCCAUAGCGAUGCUCACUUGUGUGGCAGCCUCGGACAUCGCCACCUCUGUCUUGCUCUGUGUCUUCCUGUGGAGACGCCGGACAGGUUUCGCAACGAAUGACAGGCUGAUACGUCUGUUAAUUCUGUACAGUGUGGAGGUCGGAAUGCUGACGAGCCUAGCAUCCGUCGGGAGCUUGUCGACGUUCAUAGCGGUAGGCUACGACAGCGCGAUCUUCGUCUCGAUCUUCUGGGUCGUUCCCAAACUCAGCAUAAACUCUCUCCUGGCGUUGCUCAACGCACGGCAUCAUCUCCGAGAGGAGGCGGGACUCGUCUCGACCUCGAUCGCCCACGACCCCUCCGUGCCUGCUAGCGAUAGCCUGCGCUUCGAGGUGUCUCGGAGUCAGAUUUGGAGAAGGAGCCGUCGGACACAGCUAUUCGUCACUGUCGAGACAGAGAUCGAAUUGGACCGUGGCAGCGACACGAGUCGUCGUGGUGGCAGCCUUAUCGAGAUGCUACCCGUCACCCUCGCACGGCAAGAUGGGGCGGACUUCGUGGAGGACAAGAGUAGCGGACACGUCAAGGGCGCACGUACGUACCUGGCGCGAGACGUCGAAGCGAACAUCCGUGUCAGUCGAAUGUAG